AUGCGCGAGCCCAACACGAACCCAACUUCGGAGGACUCUCACUCCUACGUGCCUCGGAAUGAUGAUCCCGCAAGCAGCAGCGAUGAUUCCGCCUCGCCGAGACGCAAACUGUCGAUUCCCUACAUCCUUGAACCCUCCCCAUCCAAGAAUACGACUCCCCGUCAACAAGCCCAGCACACUCUGACUACUUCCACAGCCAAUCAAGCUACACCCAACAUCAACGCCAACUCCAGCAACUCCAGCAACGCGAACGACAUCCUGAAUAAAGCUCCUGCUUCCACUUACACUGCGUCCCCCUCUGGCGUCUCCCACGACCGGGACCGGGUCCAAGAGUACCAUGCCCUCCAAGCCAAAGCCGCUAUCCGGCGCAUCAGUGCUCUUGGUCUGAACCCCCUGGGGCUUACGCAAGAGUAUGUUAGAGGCCUCGAAAAGCGGGAUCUUGAGCAAUGGGUGCGCAUAUGCAAGACUAUGGCCGCGUCUGGGGUUCGCUCCCAGGAGGCUGAGCUCAAGUACCUCGAGGACAUGUUGCGGGAGAUGCCGAACUGA